GGAAACGACAAAAAAAACGCGCGCCUUUCCGUAGACUUCCCUUGCUGGAGUGCAGCUCGUGAGCACGCCUACGUGUUGCGUUUGCUAAAAGUCGUCGGUCUAUCUGCUAGACCCGCCGCCAAUAUGGUCAUCCAAGUCGUCGAGAGCACGGAGGACUUUGACAAGAAGCUCGAGGAGGCCGGUGACAAGCUGGUGGUGGUGGACUUUUACGCCACCUGGUGCGGGCCAUGCAAGAUGAUCGAGCCCUUCCUAAAGCAACAGUCGGAAAUCCUCAGCGACGUGGUCAUCUUCCUAAAAGUGGACGUUGAUGAGAAUGAGGAGGUUGCAUCCCGAUACGACAUCUCGUGCAUGCCAACGUUCCUGUUCAUCAAGAAUAAGGAAAAGCUUGACGAAAUCUCUGGGGCCAACCAAGAUAUGAUCAAGGAGAUGCUUGCGAAGCACAAGUAAACAUGCUCUCAACGCCAUUGGUCCACGGGCUGAAGAGGAAAAGGGAGAAGCCCGGUCGCUUUUUCACGAGCGUGCUCCAACUGCCUUUUUCUUCAUUUAGCUCAGCGACGCCUUCCUUGUUUCCUAUGCCAGCCCUUCACGUUUAUACCUGUAUGGCCUGCACCAUUUGAAGAAAGGUCCAGCCAAAACUCGUACAGCCAGAUAUGUCUGCUUAUAUAAGGAAAAUGCUUUAGCUUUCACUCGUACAUGCAGUAAGUGCAUGCGCUUGCCUCUGCUGCCGUCCACAAGAGAGUGACUUGCCUUUAACGCGCUUUCAGCAGUGCCUGCUGAUGAUGUGACGCCAACCCUCAAAUUUCGCUAUCUGUCAACAUGCAAUGGUGGCUGAUGCAGAUACUUGCUCUUUGAACAUUCACCUGUUUGUUUGUCGCCUGUCAGAAUUAACUGGUUCUUGGAAUUGUUCCGACCUGUCACUACACAUGUGGCUGAGCCAUGAUCGUUUAAUCCCGACUCUUUUUCAGCUUUAUUCAACUUCGAUUGGGCGUCCUCACCUCAUUUAGAGUGCCUGAGUGAAAUUACAUUAAUAUGGCUGCAUUGUGAAGCAUUGGAAUGUUGCUUAAAAAUAAAAGCCCAUUGUUACAUUGUUUUUUAAACACUGCAUAGCUUCUUGUAAUGCUAGUGUUAGUGAUUGCUGCGGGCUUGUCAUGCAACCGGUAGUUUUGUAGGUUUCCAACGACGUAAUCACAGCAGUUCUACGCGCACUUUACAACUGACGUAGCCUUCAACUUGCUUUAUAUUUAUGCCAGGCAAGAACAAGAGUUCGGCUUUUGUUGAGCAAUGCACCCAGGUGGGUCACUUUGCAAGAACCAUGACGUCGCUUGGCUGCAUUUUGUUCUGUUUCUACUUCACAUAGUGUUCCAUUUUGGACCAGUUUUACCGUUUCGAUGUUCCGACUGCUAUCUGCUAGUGGCGAGAUUUAGCUAGCAUCGCCUGAAGUAUUACUUGCUCGAAAAGUGACGGCAUUAUGCAGCAGCCUCUGGCGAUUUUUUACUUAUUCAUGGUUCGCAGUUAAUCGCAGUGGUUGUAACUCGCAAAAGUUUCUUGAGAUGCAAUUUUAUGGAUUUUACAUGGAUUUUUGAUGAGAACUUCUCUGGUGCUGUGAUUUGACUGGUUAAUUUGCAAAGCAUUUUUUUCCACCAUAUCUUAUGUGGCUGGGCUGUGAUGUGUGUCGGCAUUGAUUUACUUUUUGUACUGUUAAUAAAAAGCAGUUUUUUGCGCUUGAAA